UCUACUUUAAAGAUAGUUCAAGUACCCUUUUUAAGCUUGAGGAUAAACGAACGAACCUGCUUGUCACUCCUUACAUGGAGUGAAGCAAACCUUCUGCCCUGCAUUUCUUUUCCCAAGACUCCAACACAAUUUCCUAAAUCAAUGGAGACUCUCAAAAUUUCAUCUAGAAUAUCACAUGUACAAAAUAAAAUUCUUCCCUUAAACAUCAAACCUUAUCCCCUUAUCCACAAUUCUCGAAUUCUUGGUUUUUACAGCAACAAAGGACGCACUUUUUCUUAUACUGUUACAUGUAAGCUCAAUACAGUUAAAGGGAAGAAACCCAGCAAGGGAAAAACAGUGCUAGGCUCUGAUGGUGCAGCGCCACCAGUUGUUGAAGUAGAAGAAAGGUCUGUAGGAAGGAAGGUAGAGGAGCCGCCAAAGAGUAGUGGUGUUGGUUUUGGGAUAUUCAAGAAAUUGCCUAGGAAAGUGUUGGGAGUUUUGUCUAAUUUGCCUUUGGCUAUUGCUGAGAUGUUUGCUGUUGCUGCCUUAAUGGCCUUAGGAACUUUCAUUGACCAAGGAGAGGCUCCAGAUUACUACUUUCAAAAGUUUCCUGAAGAUCAUCCUCCCUUGGGGUUUUUCACCUGGCGAUGGGUUCUCACCCUUGGCUUUGAUCAUAUGUUCUCAUCACCCGUUUUCCUGGGGACAUUGGCUUUUUUAGGAGCAUCCUUGAUGGCUUGCACAUACACAACACAGAUUCCCCUUGUGAAGGUAGCAAGAAGAUGGUCUUUCUUACAAUCAGCAGAGACAAUUCGUAAGCUAGAAUAUGUGGAUACUCUGCCUAGGGCAUCAGUUAAAGACUUGGGGGUUAUACUGAUGGGAGAUGGAUACGAGGUAUUCUUGAAAGGGCCAACUCUGUUUGCAUUUAAAGGGUUGGCAGGCAGAUUUGCUCCAAUUGGUGUACAUUUAUCUCUGCUGCUUGUAAUGUCUGGAGGAACUCUUAGUGCAGCUGGGAGCUUUAGAGGGGCUGUAACUGUUCCACAAGGUUUAAAUUUCAUUGUCGGAGAUGUACUUGCACCGUCCGGAUUUCUAUCCACUCCUUCUGAUGCUUUCAGUACGGAGGUUCACGUCAAUCGAUUCUCCAUGGACUACUACGACAGUGGGGAGGUCUUGCAGUUCCAUACUGAUCUUUCACUGUUUGACCUUGACGGAAAGGAAGUAAUGAGGAAGACCAUAAGUGUCAAUGAUCCCUUAAGGUAUGGGGGGAUCACUAUAUACCAGACAGAUUGGAGUAUCUCUGCCUUGCAAGUACUGAAGGAUGAUGAAGGCCCUUUUAAUUUGGCUAUGGCACCACUGCAACUGAAUGGUGGGGACAAGAAGCUGUUUGGUACAUUCCUACCAGUAGGGGAUGAUAAUUCACUCAAUGUUAAGGGAGUAUCAAUGCUCGCACGUGAUUUGCAGUCGGUUAUUCUUUAUGAUAAAGAAGGGAAAUUUGCUGGAGUCAGACGGCCUAAUUCAAAACUUCCAAUUGAGAUUAAUGGAACCAAAAUUGUUAUUGAAGAUGCAAUUGGCAGUAGUGGCCUUGAUCUAAAGACUGAUCCAGGAGUACCCGUUGUAUAUGCUGGUUUUGGUUCUCUCAUGCUUACAACUUGCAUCAGUUAUUUAUCUCAUACACAGUUAUGGGCCUUGCAAGAUGGAACAUCGGUGGUUAUUGGGGGUAAGACCAACCGGGCAAAGGGUGAGUUUCCUGACACAAUCAAUCGCUUGCUCGAUCAUGUCCCAGAAUUAGUUGAAUCAUCUUCUCCCAAGGAACCUGAUACUCACAGUGGCGUUUAAGUUGGGUUGGAGAAAAGGGAACGAUGUGGAACUAGCUGAUAUCGUACAGCUAGAUGUUUGUUCAAGAAAUACCAGAAACACAUAUAUCAAACUAUUGAUACUAAAUCUUCAGCUAGUAAAGACCUUGGUCUUGAUUUUACUGGUUUUUUCGGCUUUGCUCUUAGUACAAAUUCUAGAUCAAAUUCUUGGCCCAUGUGAAGCAGUCCUUUUCUUUUCUUGGGCGUAUUACAGAUGUAUAGAUAAGUUUGUAUUGGAAAUAUGUUACUUGGGUUUAGCUACUCUUUUGCAUUAAUUUUUUUUUCCUGUUGGUUGGUAUAGAAAAAGCUGUAUGUGAACAUGUGAAUUGUACUUUUUCCAUCCAAUUCUUAUAAAAAGAGCAAUGCUUUAUAUUUGA